AUGUAUGUCUCCACCACGGUUUGGACAGGCUUGCUUUAUACCUUUACGCGGGUACAUGCAUCAUCACAGACCCUAGCGUAUCGACCAUGGUUGGAUCCAACUCUGCCAAACGAACAGCGACUGCAGCUAUUCUUGGACCAGUUGAACAGCACCCAGAAAUAUGCCAUGGUACAAGGCGAUACCGAGCUCGAUGAAAACGGAACAGGUGUCAAUCCGUGCAUAGGGCACAUCUCCGGCAACGAGACGUUAGGAGUACCCUCCAUCUGCAUGGGCGAUGGCCCAGCUGGCGUCGGAAACAACUUGAACAACGUUACCGCUUUCCCUGCCCCGAUUGUCGCUGCCGCUUCGUGGGACACAUCUCUCGAAUAUGCUUACGGCCAAGCACUAGCCCAGGAGCACAUGGCAAAAGGUCGCAAUGUCGUUUUGUCACCAACUAUCAACAUCCUGCGUUCGCCGUUAUGGGCCCGCGCAGCCGAGACCUUCUCGGAGGACCCAUGGCUGACUUCUCGGAUGGCCGUUGCCGGUGUUAUGGGUGUUCAAAGUCAAGGCGCUCUAGCCUGCCCAAAGCAUCUUGCUGGAUACAAUCAGGACACGAAUCGCUUUGGAGAAGGCCCCACUUGGGAUACCGUCGACGUUCACAUCGACAAGCGGGUGCUUCACGAGCUUUACCUACCCGCUUUCAAGGCAUCUGUCCAAGAAGCUGAUGCCGCUUCUGUCAUGUGCUCUUACAACAUGCUGAACGGUUUCUUCGCUUGCGAGAACGACUGGCUUCUAAACACUACGUUGAGGCAAGAAUGGGGGUUCCAGGGUUUCGUUGUUGCCGAUUGGUAUUUCUCCACAAGAAGCACUGUUGGUGCCGUCAUGGCCGGUUUAGAUAUUAGCAUGCCUGGAGGUUCUCUGGAGACUUCAUACGGAUUUCCAGCCUAUUACGGAGAUCUCUUGAUCGAGGCUGUCGACAACGGAACCAUACCAGCCUCACGCAUCGACGAUAUGGUUGCAAGAACAUGGCGAUAUAUGUUCAAGCUUGGAAUGGUCGACAAUCCAGUCACCGGAAACGGAGAAUCUGUGGCAAGAACACAAGCCCAUCUUGAUCUGGCUCAGAAGAUGGCCGAGGACGGAUCUGUUCUCCUGAAGAAUGAUGAUCAAACGCUACCUCUUUCGCCACAGAAAUACACGCAUAUUGUCGUAUAUGGCGUGGACGGUACCAACCAAAGCCAGGUCACGGAAAACCAUGGAGGCUUCGUGAUCGACACGACAAUGGUGGUGCAAUCGCCUUUGGAUGCCUUGAAACAACGAGCUAGCAAAGAAGGCAACAUGACAGUCACUUAUGCAGAGGCCUAUCCUGGCACCGGUGGAUUCCCAACAGUACCUUCCAGCAUGUUUGUCGACGACGGGCUGAAUGUAACAUACUACACCACUACCGACUUCUCUGGGCCCAUUAACCAAACCGAUUUCAUCCCCAACAUCACCUCAGCCUCAUUUCCCAAAGAGCUUUGGGCAUCGUGGCCGCAAGUGUUUUCUUGUGUCUAUGAAGGCACUCUCAAAGCCAAUACCAGCGGAACGUACCAUUUCUCGCUGACCGGCCAAGGAGAUGCUGUACUUUACAUCGAUGGGCAAGUCAUCGCCAACAUGUCCAAAGCAAACUUUGGAAAUACCAUCCAAGGCAUCGCGAAUCUGACAGCAGGCGAGGAAGUAUCUUUGUCUCUGAACUAUUCCAUGGGCUACUCACUGUCUACCGGCGCGUAUGGUGUUACACUAGGAGUUGAUGUGGGCAAUGAAGCAAGGGACCAAGAAGCGAUGUCGCUUGCGGAAAAGGCUGAUCUUAGCAUCGUCUUUGCAUCUGACAGACACUCCGAGGGCGUUGACAGCAACAUUGGCCUGUCUCUCCCUGGCGACCAGGAUGCUGUGAUAUCUCGAAUCGCAAAACGCUCAAAGAAGACUGCGGUUAUCCUCAACACCAAUUCGGCCAUCCUCAUGCCCUGGAUCGACGAGGUGGAUGCCGUGAUGCAGUCUUGGUACGGAGGUCAGCAGAUCGGCCUGGCGCUUGAAAGAUUGUUGUUCGGCGAUAUCAGUCCAAGCGGCAAAUUGCCGGUGACGUUCCCCAAAACACUAGACGACGCCAUAAAGAUCACUUCAGACCUGAAUGUACCCUAUGAAGAAGGUCUGAACGUUGGGUACAGGUGGUUCGACGAGCACAAAAUCGAUCCGCUGUUCUCAUUCGGCCAUGGACUCACAUACUCGACGUUCGAGUUGGAAGGUCUCGCAAUGCACCUAGCAAACUCUACGGUGACAUCUAGCUCCGAAUUUGUCAUUUGUUCCACAACGUUGACAAACACUGGAGCGAUCGCUGCAUCGGAAGUCGUUCAACUUUACGUUUCGUAUCCAGAGGCAGCCAGGGAGCCCCCCAAGCUGCUUAAAGGAUUUGCCAAAGUCCACCUCGAGGUAGGCCAAAGUACAGAGGUGCCGCUGCAAGUGCUUAAGGAUGAUUUGAAGAUCUGGUCGGAGCAGAAGGAUGGCUGGGAGUUUGUACAUGGCGAGUAUAGCUUUCUUGUCGGAUUCUCAGCAAGCGACAUCAAGGUAGAGGGGAAGAUGAUUCUUUAG